GGGGAAAUUCCGAAAUGAAAAAUAGGCCUUACACACAGGACAAAUACAGUCAGCGGGAUUUUUUUUUGUUAUCAAGGACAGGAAUAGCAAUUAGGACCAACAUCCAGGAUUCAGAAGAUGGCAUUUCGGAAACCAGCAAACAUAGCAGAAAAUUUCGACAGCUUAGAAACUGAUUGUUCAAUUCAAACACGAGAACCCCGAGAAGAUUCCGGUUUUUAUUCUGGACCUUCAAGUUGCAAAGAAAGUCUUUGCAAAAAGGAAACAGAUCUAAUUUCUCCAACGAAAGACAUAGGACUGCUGGAAGAAAACAUGGAACGUGUUGACAUCAACGGUCAGGCAGUUUCUAGAUCUGCAUCUUGUGAAAAUCUUGUAAAAACUGUCCUUCGCAUUAUAGAGCAAGACUUCGAUGGCGAUACACUGAUUCAUGUUGCAAUUAUACAAAAUGAGGAGUAUAUAGCAAAGUCUAUGAUUUCCAUGGUUUCCAUCCUCGACCCAGAGCUCCUUGAUAUUCCCAAUUUUUUAUUGCAAACUCCUUUACAUUUGGCUGUCCUCGUCCGAUCCGUGGAACUCGUGGAAAUUCUUAUCCAAUCGGGAGCCGAUUUGGGAUGUCGUGAUCUCCAUGGGAACACACCUUUGCAUAUUGCCUCUUACCAUGGUUUUGACAACAUCGUAGUUUGUUUACUGAAAUAUGCAAGUGGUAAAAAACGAAAAUCGACAUUUAUACAAGAAAUAAAUGACAGAAAUUAUGAAGGCCAAUCAUGUCUUCAUCUUUCUACGUUUAACAAUAGCCUUCCCGUAAUUAACCUUCUGUCAAGAUUUGGAGCAGACGUAAAUGCACGUGACGGAAAGAGUGGUAAAACGAUACUUCAUUAUGCAGCAGAAAUGGGGAACACGAUUCUAAUGGAUUAUGUUUUACAGUUACCCGGAGUUGACGUCAAUUCCCAAACGUACGCAGGCCAGACACCUAGCUCUCUGGCCAGGGGUCGAGGUUUUCUAGAUAUUUGGACAACCCUAAGGAAAUUUGGCGGGAAAGACCGUGAAGAAAUUGACGACACUUAAUUUGCAUUUUUAUUUUAUACGUAAAAUGAACAUCAAUUGGUUUCGAAUGUUCACUAAUACGUACAUGUGUGCGGUUGUGCAAACUUUUGUUUAAUUCAAAUGUAAACGGAUAAUAUUAUUUUUUAUCCAAUUCUGUAAGUAAAUAUUUUAAUAUCAAACGAUAUAAUUAUCACGUGAAUGUACAUUUAUGUAAAUAUAUAUUGUUCUCCUAUUGUUAACUUUGAUAUUCUCAGGUUAUUGAUAUAUUAAAUAGUUGAUCUUGGA